AUGACGUCGCAACGCGAUGCCAUAGAUUUCAAGGCGUUGGAGGCGGAGCUUCAGAUGGCGGUGGAGUCUGACCGGAAGUACCAGCUCGAAAAUCAAACAAAGCUGAGGGCCGUCAGUCAGGGGGUGUCCUACAGCCAGUUCAGGGACCUGGUCCAGGCCUCCCACCUAAAGCCUCUUGACCGAAAAGACAAGGAGGGAGGUCCACGGAAACAACCCUGGAACCCUGUCGCCCCGAGCAAACACUGA